UUACGGCGUCGGCUCCCGCGCCUCGCGACCAUUUGCGCCAUGGUCUGUGACGACGGCCUCACUCCAUCGCCUCUUAUCUCACGCAAAUCGCUUCGAAGACUAGCAUCAACAAGAGGAUUCAAACCGCGCUCUGAAUCAACCUGGAUCCGCGUAUUUGAUGGUCUUGAACCUUAUGCUGUGGAUGCGCCGAGCAAGCUCGUAAAAGUGUCCCCCUAUACUACCGUCGAAGACAUAAACAAGAAACUUGGCUUCAAUGAAGAAUUGACGCUAUGGGUGCAGAUAGGAGGAGAAAAUUCUCGACGGCUGGAAUUGAACGAGUUCCCAUUCCAAAUACAAGAGAAGUUUUUAAUUAACAAUGGUUGGAAGUCAGAGGCUAGGCGACAGCGGCUUGCGGUAGAUCCGGAGUUACGUCACAGUCUGCGCUGGUGUGCAGGACCUUCCAGUCGGUCUGGUGGUGUCCUGCGGUCAGGCACUGUUUAUGUUUUAAAAGGGCACGUGUUCCCACAAUGGAAGCCCCGACAGGCCCACAUUAUUGGAUCGCAAUUACAUACACACGGUGUGUCCUGGGAUAUGUUGGAGCUCAGUGGAGGUAGUAUUGAAAUGUGUCAACCGAAAGCUCAGAAACUAGUCCUCUGCGUAAAGCUUCUUUGUCAAGGCAAUGGUGUACUUGACACGGGAGUCAAUCAUUUAUUUCUGGGGUUCAAUACAAUUUGGGAGCGUAAUAUGUGGUGCCGUUGGUUAAAAGAGGGCACUCAAAGUACACAGCCACCAAAUGUCUUAGACUUGAGCGGUGGCGGACGGUCCUGUCUGCCCGUAGCUCUAAACCAGCACGCCUCAGAUGGGUUCGCGGUGAGAGUUUUAAGGAUGCGGAGCAACACUCUACCAGCCUUGCCUCCUCAAACGUGCAAUCUGAUAGCCCUAACUCAUCUCGAUGUGAGCGACAAUAAAAUCAUUGAGCUACCAAAGGAGAUUUCACAUCUAACGCAAUUAGAAGAAAUAAACGUGAGCAACAACGAAAUUAAGUCGCUGGACUGUCUCUUACGACUUCCUCGUCUACGAACUGUCGUAGCUGCUAGAAACCUGAUCACGCAAUUCGGAGUCAAUGACACUAGCCAAAUGGGUUUUCUAGAGGAAAAUAAAUCAGAAUAUCGUGCACCGCUAACGAAUGUCGACCUCCGAUACAAUAAACUAAAAGGAAGCAUAAUUCUUGGUAAUUAUGAGCAUCUGGUGACUCUUGAUGUCUCUCAUAACUCCAUUGAGGUUUUGGUGCUUUCAUCGCUGCGUGGACUACGGGAGCUGUAUGCUGCUCAUAAUUCUAUCCAGCACUUGGCCUUGCAUGGUGCUUCGUUACGAGUCCUACAUGCUCCAUACAAUAAUAUGGAGAAUUUGACAACAAUGGUGCCACCAAUAAAUUUAGUGGAGAUGAACCUGACAUAUAAUAAGUUAUCAUCUUUACCACAGUGGAUCAGUGGUUGUUCAGAUCUGACCAAACUCUUUGCAAGUAAUAAUCGACUAACGUCCCUUCCAGAACAUUUAUUUUGUAGUGAACUCUCAAGUUUGAGUCACCUACAUUUAGCACAUAAUAAAAUAAUCAAUUUUCCAUCUAUGCCUCGACUGAGGUCACCCUUGAAGGAACUACUUCUUCAUGAUAACUGUAUUCAGUCAUUGCCAGAAAAUUUCUUUUCCAUUUGUGAUAGGCUCUGUAUUUUAAACUUAUCCAAUAAUAGAUUAAGUCGACUACCUCGAGUAAGAGGAGCAUCUCCACAUUGCUUAGAGAACCUAUACUUAACAGCCAAUUGCUUAACCGACGAUGUAAUAGAUGUCAUAAUUACAUUUCGUGGUCUUAAAAUAUUACACAUUGCACAUAACUGCCUUACCAACCUCCCUGAAACAUGUUUAAAUUAUUGGCCAGAAAUUGAAGAACUGGUUCUUUCUGGUAAUUCACUCUCGAAAUUGCCAGACAAUUUGCCACAGAUGAAUAACAUAAAAAUUGUGAGGGCACAUUCAAAUCGUCUUCGCUCAGUUCCAAUGUUUGCUUGCAGUGCUAGCGUUAAAAUUCUAGACUUUGCUCAUAACGAACUGGACAGCAUUGAUCUGCGUCUUUUAGCACCGAAGCAAUUAAAAUUUUUAGACAUAUCAUGUAAUAAGAAGUUACAAAUGAAUCCCUCGCAGUUUAACGCUUAUAAAUGUCAACGACCUUUAAGCCUAGUUGAUGUCACUGGACAACAUGGAAAUUCUUUAUCGCAAAAAAAUAAUUUUCAUGAAGAAUUAAGUGGUGGGACCCCGUGGGUAACUGGUUUUUCGGAAUGUCCAAAUAAAAAGCUUCUCCUAUCUUGUGCACAAAUACGACUUCCAUCGUUUUGUAACAAGGAAGGCUUAUUUGCUAUAAUUGACGGGGAAACAGAUAUCGAGGUCCCAAGAAUACUACAGUCAUGUCUUCCAGGACUACUACUUGAAGAAAAAUCUAUUAAGGAAACAGUCAAUGAAUAUAUGAAAUAUGUUAUACUAGCUGCACAUAGAGAAUUGAAACAAAAAGGACAGACAAAAGGUGCAUGUCUUGUUAUGUGUCACUUGUCUCCUAUUAGUACCCCCGAUAAUAGUUUUGGACAAUCUAUAAGACGAUAUAAUAUAAGAUUAGCGAAUGUCGGCAAUACAAAAGCAGUGUUAAGUCGUCGUAAUGGCCCUUUAUGUUUAGGUAUAGAUGAUAAUAAACGAUUAGGUUAUUCUUCAAGAUACCCAAUUAAUGUACCUGAUCCCGAUAUUAUACAAACUGUAAUUAAAGAAGACGAUGAGUUUUUAAUAUUAGGAAACGCUAAAUUUUGGGAAUCCGUUACAGUCGAUACUGCAAUAUCAGAAGUGAGGGCUGAACGGAAUCCAGUAUUAGCAGCAAAGAGAUUACAAGAUUUGGCUCAAAGUUAUGGAAUAGAAGAUUGUAUAUCGGUGGUAAUCGUAAGAUUUGAUACAGUUCGUUCUGAUGUAGAUUUAUUAAUGCGAGAAUUACGACAUACGAUCAACACAAACAAACCUAUAUGUAAUCCUGACUGCUGUUGCUCUCGUUUAGAACCAUGUUGCCAUUCUAUCUCACCACCAAAAUCAAAUAGCGAUAGAUCUUCUCCAAGUGGACAAAGCGAUCGGCCUUCUAGUGAAACAGUUAGUCAUCAGCACUAUGCCAGUGUACGUUCUCAUAAUAGGGCCUCAGAAAGAAAACCAAGAGGCGGAGUUGCACGAGCAAUUCGAGUACGAGUUGAAGAAGAUAAAGAGACUGAAAAAAAUAUUGACGAUGUUCCCUCUUCAGAUGAACAAUUCAAAUGUUGGGAAUAUAUGCUGGAGCAAAAUACACAAAUGAUAUUUGAUAAAGAGCUAGAUAAUCUUUCAAAAGGUAUCAAAUCAAAUUCAAGUAGUUUAAGAAAUUUAAAGGGACUCUCAGGAAGUAGUCCCCAACUACAUCUAAAUACGAAACAAUCAAAACUACCGUUUCUCUCAAAACAUUUCGGGAGUGCUAGAUCUUUCGGUAGUAAUAUAAAGCCUGAGUUUCGUUUCGGUUCAGGAAGAAUGCCUAAUGGUGGUCCAAAUGCUGCUUACUUUGGUUCACUUCAAAGGUUAAUGCCUUAUCAUUUAGAAUACGAUUUCGCGGUUAUUCAAGAAAAACAAACACAAUCACAGGACUCUCUUGAUCUCGAGGGCCGGAUGCAACAAUAUUGGGGAGUUGCAACAACUGAACUUUAAUACAUAACGCUAUUGUAAAUAAAAAACUUACAUUAAAUUACAA